AUGGAUAAUAUACCAGAGCAUAUAGUAUGGGAAAUAUUGAGUAGGAUAAAGAAAACUAGUGACAGAAACAAUGUUUCUUUAGUUUGUAAAAGGCUUUACUAUUUAGAUAAUGCACAGAGACAUUCUCUUAAGGUUGGUUCUGGAAUGGAUCCUGCAAAUCAAGCAUUAACAUGUUUGUGUACUAGGUUUCGAAGUUUGUCCAAAGUAGAGAUCACGUAUUCUGGUUGGAUGUCGAAAUUAGGAAAACAGUUGGAUGAUAACGGUCUUUUCAUUCUUGCAAAUCGUUGUCCUUUACUGCAUGAUGUUUCGUUAAGUUAUUGUACUUUUAUCACUGAUGUUGGUCUUCGUUACUUGGCUUCUUCUUCUGAGUUGUCGUCGCUGAGGUUGAACUUUACUCCGAGGAUAACGGGUUGUGGAGUAUUGUCUCUUGUUGUCGGUUGUAAGAAUCUUGUGAGGCUUCAUCUUGUUAGGUGUCUCAAUGUGAGCAGUGUGGAGUGGCUUGAAUACCUUGGAAAACUAGGAACACUUGAGGAUCUGUCUAUUAGGAAUUGUAGAGCUAUCGGUGAAGGUGAUUUGAUUAAGCUUGGUUCUGGUUGGGGAAAACUUAAGAGGUUGCAGUUUGAAGUGGAUGCUAAUUACCGAUAUAUGAAGGUUUAUGAUCGAUUGUCCGUAGAUAGGUGGCAAAAGCAGUAUGUUGCUUGUGAAAAUAUGGUGGAACUUAGUUUGGUGAAUUGCAUUAUAAGCCCUGGGAGAGGGCUUGCUUGCGUGUUAGGCAAGUGCAAGAACUUGGAAAAAAUUCACCUUGACAUGUGUGUUGGCGUAAGGGACGUUGACAUAAUUUGUUUGUCUCAAAAAUCGAGUGAUCUUCGAUCGGUUUCAUUUAGAGUUCCAUCUGAUUUUUCUCUUCCAUCCUUGGUGAAUAAUCCUUUGAGAUUAACAGAUGAGAGUCUGAAAGCCUUGGCUCAAAAUUGCUCAAAGCUUGAAUCAGUGAGCAUAUCUUUUUCUGAUGGGGAGUUUCCCUCAUCCUCCUCAUUCACAUUGAGUGGAAUACUUUGCUUGAUUCAAAAGUGCCCGAUUCGGAACCUUGCCCUUGAUCACGUUUAUUCCUUCAAUGACAUUGGAAUGGAAGCGCUCUGCACUGCUGAAAAUCUUGAAUCACUCGAACUCGUGAGGUGCCAAGAGAUUACUGACGAGGGGCUACAGCUUUUGAGCCAGUUUUCCCGUCUGUGUAGCUUACGGUUAUGCAAGUGUUUGGGAAUUUCAAACGAUGGAUUAAAGCCACUGCUUGGAUCAUUCAAGUUGGAUUUCUUGGUGAUUGAAGAUUGUCCUCAAGUUUCUGAAAGAGGUAUCCAUGGAGUUGCAAAGUUUGUGUCUUUCAGGCAAGAUUUAUCUUGGAUGUACUGA